AUGGGUCUGAGACAAUCAAGCGAGUUCCAAUGGAUGAGUCCCGAUUCCUUCAUCACAGUCCAACAAUGCCAGCCAAACACACGCAGUAAGAGCAAGAGCGACUUGAUUCUGGAUAUCGGCAUUCGUUGGUACGUCGCCAACUCAUGGACUGGGAUCAAUGUCACGAAUGUCAUGAAUGUCAUGUGUUUCAUGUACCAAUCCAAUUCAAACCAACAGGGUACCCACCGCAGUUCAAACCAAAAUCCUUCUGCGAUAUUGCCUCAUACAGAAAUUUCACCAAGCGCGGUGAGUAACACCCACCACGGUGAAGGCCCCCUAGAUCACAUCUCCAAUGCGAUACUAUCCCUCUUUCAUGCAUCAACCACCGAGUCAAUUCUCUCAUGGCCACAACUUGCCGAAUUCGGAAACUUGAUCAAAGAGCGCUGCUUUUCACUUUUCCGCCUUGAGAGUAUGCGUCCGCCACUCGCUCAGCGCCAAUGCAUGGUACAGCCAUAUAUGCCCAAGCAAGAAGUGGAGACCACUGUUCGAAGCUUUGAGCGUGGUAUCAACUUCUGGUAUCCAACUAUGGCCCGGGCCACGACGCAGGAGUUGCAAGUCCAUAUCAUAGCGGGUACAUUUGAAGAGACUACUCGUUCAUGUCUUUCGCUGUUGAUGAUGGCUUUGGGAUGUGCAUGCCAGCUGGUCGGGUUUUUCACGCACCGGGAAGGAUCCAAGACAAGCGAGGCAGAUUGCCAGAGGGAGCGGCGGCUAAUGGGGAAGUUAUACUUGGAUGCUGCUUUAAGGAAGAUCUAUCUAGCGCAGGCGGGGUUUACGGCGGACGCAGUGCAGUGUUUAUUUUUUACCGGGUUGUAUUUUUCGUUUUUGCAACGACCACUCCAAGCCUGGUCCUUUAUAAGCGCGGCUGCAACCAAAUGUCGGCUUCUCUUGUCUUAUGACAUCCCCGAGCAGACCUCUGAGCAGCUGGAAUGUCUUCGCCGGAUAUUUUGGUCCUGCUAUAUUCUCGAGAGUGACUUUCUUGCAGAACUAACCGGCCUUCCUCAAACUGGGAUUGGAGAAAUAGAAUCUUCUAUUCCCUUACCAGGUGAAUACUGUACACAGCAGUCUGAAAGUGACCAAGAGCAAUCAUCACUCUAUUUCCUUGCCUGCAUAUCCAUGAGACGACUGCUCAACCGCGUUCAUAACCUUCUCUACGCUCGAGAUGCCGGCGUUGGUUUUGACAAUCACCAAUUUCUCUCUGUUGUCUCGGAGCUGGCUUACCAAUUAAACGAGUGGAAAGACUUUUCAUUCCAAUUUUCUAUCAAUUUAGAUUCCACGAGAACAGAAGAAGGUGCAUUUCUUCGCCAGCGGUACCUGACUUGCAAGAGCGUCAUUUAUCGUCCCUAUCUUGCCUGGGCCCUGUCUAAUGGCGAUACCAUAGAAGGGUGUCCGCCAAUCGUUUAUGAGGGGUCUAAGCUGUGUCUGGAGGCCUCCUGGAUGCACGCACAAAAUUUACGCAGCUUGCCGCACACCAUCACUGUUGACACGUGGAUUUGCUCGCUUUCGAUGACAUCGGUUAUACUUAUUUUAUUAGCUGCGUCUCCUGUCCGCCCCUUGCGCCGAAUCAUGCGGUCGAAUGUUCUGGAUAUUGGACCGCAUUUCAAUGACUUGCUUUCUCAGUGGGCACAUAUUCCAGGUGGUGGAACCUCACCUAGUGUCAUGGAAAGUAUUAGCUUGAUUACAAAUGUCUUUACUUUAUUGAAAAUAACCUGGAAUGAGUGUAGACCCGGGGAGUAG